GCGACUUUUGUCGAUCAAGAGCAUUCGCAGGAGAUCGCUGUUACGCCGUCUCAGGAUAGCGACAACGAGGAUGAGUUGGUUCAUAAAGAUAUGCAGCGUGGAGUGCAGAAGAUGGAAGCUCUGGCUCAGGUGUGGCCCAAAUGGGCACUGUAUGCGACAUAUGCUUGGUAUAUAGACAAUGCUGACGUUUUCCACGGGGUCUGGAUCAUCUACUUCAUCGAUGCGCUUGAAGGGCCUGUAGGCUGGACAUUGGCGCCUUACGUGACCAGCGACUUUCAGCUUCAUGGCCUGACCGCUAUCACCACCGUCGUGGCAUCUCUGGUCGGUGGUCUCUUUCGCCUUCCGCUUGCGAAAAUCAUCGACAUUUGGGGACGUCCAGAAGGACUGGGGUUGAUGGUUCUAUUCAUGACCAUCGGUUCGAUCAUGAUGGCCGCCACGGAUAGUGUGCAGAUGUACUGCGCUGCAGAGGUCUUCAGUGUGACUGGUGGCAAUGGUCGCAACUACAUCCUGAGCGUUCUCCUCGCCGACACAUCCCAGCUCAAGAAUCGUGGUCUCAUCCUCGCCUACAUUGCAUCACCAUACAUUAUCACGACCUUCACCUCGGGCUACUUCGCCGACGCAAUGCUCAACGGACCGGGCUGGCGAUGGGCGUUCGGAAUCUUCGCCAUCCUCCACCCACUCCUCAACCUCCCACUCUUCUUGCUGCUCAUCUUCUACCAGAACAAAGCCAUAAAGAUGGGUCUCGUACCGAUUCGCGAGACCGGACGCUCCAUCCCGCAGUCGAUCAAGUACUACCUGGUUGAAUUCGACAUCUUCGGACUCUUCCUGAUCGUCUCCGGUCUUGCCAUCUUCCUGCUGCCCUUCAGCUUAUACUCCUAUCAAGGCGCAACGCUAGCAGAGCAAUGGUCCUCAGCUCUCGUAAUCUCCAUGAUCAUCAUCGGAUUCAUCCUAAUCGUCGCCUUCGUGAUCUGGGAAGCAAAAUUCGCCCCCGUCACAUUCGUCCCAUACCACCUCCUCAAAGACCGAACCGUCCUAGGCGCAUUCUUCCUCGCCGCAAUCCUCUUCAUAGAAUUCUACAUCUGGAAUUCCUACUUCACCUCCUUCCUGCAAGUCGUCCCCAACCUCGACCUCGUGCGCGUCGGCUACAUCAGCGGCAUCUACAGCAUGGGAUCCUGCUUCUGGAGUUUCGGCGUCGGAGCCAUCACUCGAUAUACCGGAGACUAUAAAUUCCAAACCCUACUUUUCGGCAUGCCCAUCACAAUCCUCGGCGUCGCUCUCAUGAUCGUCUUUCGACAACCGGACGUCAAUGUCGGCUACAUCGUCAUGUGCCAAAUUUUCAUCGCCUUCGGAGGCGCCGCGCUAGUCGUCGGACAACAGGUCGCAGUCAUGGCCGUGACAACCCAUCAAUACGUCGCCGUCGUCCUCGCGAUUUUGGCAGUAGGUUCUUCCAUCGGUGGUGCGAUCGGUAGUACUAUCGCCGGUGCCGUCUGGACGGGGACUUUCCCUGCUGACCUCGCUCGCCUUCUUCCUCCGGAGACUGUCGCGAAUUCUACGAUUAUUGCGGGAGAUAUCGCCACGCAGCUCAGCUAUCCUGUCGGUGACCCAAGUAGAAUCGCGAUUCAGCAGGCUUAUGGGAAUUCUCAGAGAUAUAUGUUGAUUGCUGCGACUGCGAUUGCGGCUCUGGGGUUCCCGGCUGUGGCUGUGUGGAGGAAUGUUGAUGUUCGGCAGAGGAAGCAGGUUAAGGGGAGGGUGUUUUAGGGUUCUCAUGCCAAGGUACAGUUAGCCGAAGUGUCGACACAAUCUCAUGCGACUGAUUACUACAGAAUUUUCCUCGGCAGGUUGAAUGAACCAAAUGCUUUUCUAUGG